GUAUAAUUGCGUCAAAUUAGAAAUUCUUGAGCAUACAACUGAACUUGAGUCAAAAGUAGCAAAAAUUGUUGAUUUUGUGCCAUUAGUUGGUACUGCGUAUAAACUAAUCUCUUCUGGUGUAUAUUUUGUAUUAAGGAAGCCAAAUUUAGCAAAGAGACGAUUCAUGGAAGGAACUAGUGAUUUAUCUAAGAUUCUCUCUAAGAUUGCUGUGAAACUGUUAACUAAUUCAUGA